AUGGCGCGCGACGUCCAGGCGGCGACGACGAAGGCAGCGGCGGCGAAGGCUGGGCACAUGGAGUCAUCCUCCCUCUCGUCCUUGGUGUCGGCAAUGGACCUUUUAUCCUUUCUGCGUAUUUUGGCUCCACUUCCCAUCGGAUUUGUUGUGUUCUUGGUCCACUUGGCCACCAUUCCCAUCACAAGAACUGGAAUUAACCCUGCUAGGAGUCUUGGAGCAGCCAUUAUCUACAACAAGGACCAUGCAUGGGAUGACCAAUGGAUUUUCUGGGUUGGACCUUUCAUUGGAGCUGCUAUUGCUGCUUUGUAUCACCAUAUAGUUAUCCGAGCCAUUCCUUUCAAGGCAAGAGCUUAAGCUCUUCAUUCUUCCACGUGCUUGCUUCAUUUAAUUAUUGUUUAUGUGUCUGUUCUCUGCUUAAUUUCCAAUUUCUUCAUGGGAAUCUUUUUGUGUUAAUUAAUCCUUUAUGGAUGUAAAUUAUGACAUGGUAUUUCUCACA